UGGAUAAGAAACCAAUAACAUACUCUGUUUCAAAUGAAACGGCUUACGUUAUUGGUUUGCUUAUCCAGCUGUAUAUGUUAAAGCAACUAUCAGACAAAGCACCCAGUAUGGUUUCGUUUCACGUGGUGAUUGCGUGUCGUGUAUGCAGCCAUAAAACGAAAUUCCGCGAAUAUCUGUGCUCCACCCCCAUGUAGUCUCAGACAAUUGUCUAGACACUUAUGCAAUCAUUAAUUAACGUUAAAUUGUGUUUAAAAACAUUUUACUGAUGUUUGUAAAACAUCUUGGUUAUUUCUGAGUAAACAGCAUAAUUUUAUACUUUGUUGUGUUCGAUGGUCAGAUGGCCGAGCGAUAAAGUGGCAGCCCACUGCUCCGAUGGUCUGGGAUCAAAUCUGUACGGAUUUGAGCCCAGACCACUGGAACAAACCCCUGGGUUCUGGAUUAAAAACUUCCGGAAUUUUUCAUGGGAGUGGUCUGUCCAUCUGGAUAUAACGAGCCCUGUCCUUUGUCACCUAGACACCCUAUUGUAGGCUGGGUCAAACCCAUAAUGGGCUUACCUAGAAAGCCCUCUUGGUAGGAAAGAAAAAGGGGAAAACUGUAGUGUGAACACUAAUUUAGGAAGUUACCUGUAAGCAGGAUAUUAGGGUGACUGUUCUUUGUGUUCAGAAUGUCAGAAGAUGAAGAAGUACAGUUUACUAAAUUAAGAGUGGGAUUCGAUAGCUGUAGGAGUGAAUUAACACAACCAUUUGCCAUUCACAUAAAACAAGACCCAACUGUAUACUUACCUCCACACCAUGUCAUCUUCAUUAAAGAUAAUUAUCUGAGGCAGAACUCUUCUGUUUUACUCAUCUUCAAAGCUCUCGAAGAACUCUUCCAUCUGAAAUUGAGAAAAAAUGACAAAUUACUAACGUCAGACUUCACCAUCAGAGAAACCACUUCUAGAAACAGAGCAGAUCUUACCUGGGAUGCAAACGAUACGUGCCUGUACGAGGGAAAGUCCAAGUAUCAUCUAAACAGCAGAGUGGCCGUAUCCUUAUGUGAUGGAGUGAGAGGAAUAAUUCAAAUUGAGAAUGGAAUCUACAUAAUACAGCCUCUUUCUGCAAACCUUAUAAAGAAGAUGGGAUGGAAUGGCAAAAGAGGAAAACCCCAUUUGGUGGUAAGAAAACAGCAAAAUGAGGAAUACUUCUGUCCACAUGCAGCUCGAAAAAGAAAUGCUCAAGCUGCUAAGAACCCAGUAUAUAAUGUUACGGGAAUGUUACACCACAGAUACAUACGUUCUCCAAGUCCACCAGAUCCAACUAUAGAAACCGCAGUAUUUAUAGAUCAGCCUUUAUAUGAAAAUCUCAAAAUAAGAUUUCCGGUAAACUCCGAACAGCAAAUUAUCAAGUAUAUCCUCACCAUGAUGAAUGCAGUUCAGAUAUUAUUCCGCCAACCGUCUUUGGGACAUAUGCCGGAAAUUAAACUAGUGGAACUGAACAUAUUGAAAACGCAGCCGGAGGAUUUGGAAUCUUCGGAAAAUAUCGAUACUUAUCUAACCAAUUUCUGUAUUUGGCAAUUAAAGAAGAGAAAGAAGAGCAGAGUCUGGUGGGAUCAUGCCUUGCUUCUUUCUGGUAAUCAUGUAUAUUUUAGUAUUAAUAUGUACGUGAUUGAUGAAUUAGGAAGAAGAAAGAAGCACGUUGUAGGCCUUGCUCCAGUUAGCGGAAUGUGUAACCCUCUCAAUAGCUGUACCAUCAGUGAAGGUACAAGUUUUCAAACAGUGUUAGUUGUGGGACAUGAGUUUGGACAUAGUAUGGGGAUGGAGCAUGAUGGACGUCAGGAUGAUAACCACUGCGAUCCAGAAAAAUAUAUCAUGUCGCAUACAUUAGGUCCUGGAAAAACUUCAUGGUCCACUUGCAGUAGAGAAUAUUUAGAAAAAUUCCUGAGGUCAUCUCAAUCACGUUGUCUUCAGUAUACAAACUCCGGUGUCAACAUGCUCAAAAAACUAUCACCCGUACUGCUUCCAGGACAAGAAUAUGAUGCUAAUAAACAAUGUCAGUUAAGAUAUGGAGAAGGGAGUAGAAAAUCCACAAUACAAUCUUCAGAGGAUAUCUGUUACAUGUUACGUUGCGAUGUGGGAUUUGGUGGGAAAGAUGUAUCUUUUACUGCUCAUCCCGCUUUAGAAGGUACAGUCUGUGGAAGAAAUAAAAUGUGUCAAGCUGGAAAAUGUACUACGGCAAAUUGGAGAAGGAAUCGAGCCGGACCAGUGGAUGGCGGAUGGAGUGCUUGGUCUAAUUUUGGGCCAUGUUCGUCAGAUUGUUCGACAAGUAGGAACACCGAUGCUGUUGGAGUAAUGAUCUCUACACGCCGAUGCAACAAUCCACGCCCUGUCAAUGGUGGUCGUUACUGUCAAGGAGCAGAUAGAAGAGUUAGAAUUUGCGAUGCUAAUAGAAUUUGUUCAGCAGCUGCUAAUGCUGUGACAUUAUCUGAAUACAUCAGCGAAACUUGUCAGCAAGCAUCUCAUUUAGAUACAACUUUAGAUCCUUCAGGAACCCAAUUUCCGAGUCAUGAUAAUUCUCAUUCAUGCUAUGUAUGGUGCCACAAGAAACAGGGUGGUUACAUUACACAUGGUUGGAAAUUACCUGAUGGAACUCCAUGUUGGAGAGGGUAUCAUCCUCAAAAUCAGUUCUGUUUUCAAGGAAAAUGUAAUACCUUUGACUGUAAUGGCUAUACUAUAGAGACAUCUAAUGAGACUCCCUGCCCAAAUCGACCAACAUUGGCUACAAGGCACAUAACAGAAUGGAGUCCUUGGAAGAAGAUCAGUGAAUGCAAGCACUCUUGCAUAGUAGCAGGAAAAGGAUUCACUUUAGUCAGCAGAAAAUGCAACACCGUCACAGGAUGCACAGGAGUACGUGACUCUUUUCAACUGUGUGACAACAAUAGUAAGUGUACAGUCAUGAAAUCUGCAGAGGUAUACGCAACUGACUUAUGUAAAAAGUAUAGAAAUAGAUAUCCUACAGUAUUAAGUGGGAAGGGUCGACAGCUAGCACCUCGUUCGGGUAAUCCUCACGCAGCUUGUACUGUUGCUUGUCAAGAUCAAGUCUGGCAAGGUACACAUUAUCAAAUGGAUGCAUUCGAAGAUGGUAAAUUUCCUUCUGGGACAGAUUGCAGUGGUGGAAAUUAUAGAAAAAAGGCAUAUUGUCUUAAUGGAAAGUGUGUGGAAUUUGACGAGAAUAAUGUUCCGAAAGUUGAAGAUAAUAAUAGUAUUCUGCAAGUGAAAAAGUUAUUCAAAUAUUACAGACAUCGACGUGAUACAUCAGAACAAGAAAAUUCUGUAGAAAAUUUGUUUAUGAAUAAUAAAUAUGCAAUAGAUCAAAAUAAAAGAAAGAAGUGGAUUAAAUAUAAACUCUUAACUCAAAAUUUUCAUAAGUAUACAUAUAGGUGGGCCAUUGAAAUGUCGGAAUGUUCAGAACCUUGUGGAGGAGGUAUCAGAAAUGUUAGCAUGUUUUGUGUCAGAGAAAAUGUACCUGUCGAAAGUGCAUAUUGUGAAUCAAUCAUAAAACCAAUGGAAUCGGGAAUUCAAGAAUGUAAUAUGCAUCCUUGUGUAGGAAAAUGGCAAAUUAGACAUUGGACACCUUGCUCAGUCACGUGCGGAAAUGGAACAAGAACUAGAUACGCCAUAUGUGUUCAACAAUUAACUGAAGAUUUGUAUUCAUUUAUAAGUCACAUAAAUUGCCCAAAAACUGAAGAAAUUGUAGAGAAAUGUGAAAUGCCGAAGUGUUCCUAAAGUUUUUGAAAGAAAUUCAUCCCUCACAAGUCACAUUUUCACUCCUCAUAAACUAUUUUAUCAUAGAAAUGCACAAAAUUGAAUUCAGUUUCAUCAAAAUCAAGAUGCUUCAAACACUAUUAUAUAUUUUGGUACUAAAAAACUAACUACAAAAAGUUAAAUGUGAAGUGUCUUUUUUGAAUUAAUUACCUUUGUAAUAAAAAAAAAAAAUACCUAGAGUUUUAUCUGGGUAACUGUAGUAAUUUCUAUCAACACUUUUUGCAUUGUUAAAUUAUGUAGAAAUAAAUCAAUU